ACUAAAUAAAAUCAUUAGUUCUGACUGUUCUUUCGACAAAAACCCAUAGAAAACUAAAUCUCAAUUGACAUUUGACGUGAUGUUCACCAUAGGCCUGGUUCAACUCCACCAGUCAUGAAACCCAUCACCAACAGCAUUCCAUUAAUCCUUCUUCUCCUCUGCUUUGUUUUGAAAAUUUCCAGCAGCAUAGAUACGAUCACAUCGACACAAUUCCUCAAGGAUCCCGAAGCUAUUUUGUCCAAUCGUGGUUUCUUCGAAUUGGGUUUCUUCAGCCCUCCCAAUUCCACCAAUCGGUUCGUCGGAAUUUGGGAUAAACGAGUGCCUGUACCAACUAUUUUCUGGGUAGCUAACAGAGACAAGCCUCUCAACAACAAAUCCGGAGUUUUCACCGUAUCGAAGGACGGGAAUCUCGUAGUAUUAGAUGAACACGACAACAUUCUUUGGAAUUCCAAAGUUUCUAACGCUGGAGUGAAUUCCACCGCUCGUCUUCUUGAUUCUGGAAACCUUGUUCUGCUGGACUCUACUUCAAGGGCCGUCAUUUGGGAGAGUUUCAAAGACCCAUCAGACAAAUUCUUGCCAAUGAUGAAAUUCAUCACCAACUCAAUCACAAACGAGAAAGUAGAAAUCGUGUCGUGGAAAACCCCUUCUGAUCCAUCGUCAGGAAAUUUCUCCUUUGGAAUCGACCCUCUAACGAUCCCAGAAGUUAUAAUUUGGAGAAACAGCCGCCCGUAUUGGAGGUCCGGUCCAUGGGACGGUCAAGUCUUCAUCGGAGUACCUGGUAUGAACACUGACUAUCUUUAUGGAGGUAAUCUCAUAAUCGAAAACAAAACUUACUCUCUCUCAAUUGCCAAUGCAAACGAAGCUCAAUUAUACUUCUACUACUUGAACCCCAACGGGACUUUGGAAGAGAAACAUUGGAAUAUUGAGGAUCAGAAAUGGGAGGUUGCUUGGUCAGCUCCUGAAACAGAGUGUGAUGUUUAUGGUGCUUGUGGAGCAUUUGGGGUCUGUGAUUCUCAAAAAACCCCAAUUUGCAGUUGUUUGAGAGGUUUUAAGCCAGAGAUGGAAGAGGAAUGGAACAGAGGAAAUUGGAGAAGUGGGUGUGUGAGGAAUUCACCAUUGAAGUGUGAGAAGAAGAACAUCAGUGUUGAAAUGGGAAAAGAUGAGGAUGGGUUUUUGAAGUUGGGAAUGGUUAAAGUUCCAGAUUCUGCAGCCUGGGUUGUUGUUGCUUCGGAAAAUGAUUGCAGAAUCCAGUGUGCGUCAAACUGUUCUUGUUCUGCUUAUGCAUAUAAAAUAGGGAUUGGUUGUAUGAUAUGGAGAGGAGAUUUAAUUGACAUUCAACAAUUCAAGAAUGAUGGAGCAGACAUUUACGUUCGUGUGGCAUAUUCAGAAAUAGCUGAUGAAAGUGGAAUCACCAAAGACCUAAAAGUAAGCAUUAUAGCUUCCGUGGUAACAGGAACCUUAAUCCUUAUCAGUUGCAUAUAUUGCUUAUGGAAAAGAAAAAGGCAGAACAAGUUUUUGAUGAACACUGAUGUUGAUAUGAAGCAUGAUAAAGUGAACGAAGUUAAGCUUCAGCAGCUGCCUGUUUUUGAUUUUGAUAAGCUGGCAAUUGCAACUAACCAUUUUCAUUCCAAUAACAAGCUUGGUCAGGGUGGGUUUGGGCCAGUGUACAAGGGAAAAUUGGUAGAUGGACAAGAAAUAGCAGUAAAGAGGCUUUCAAAGACCUCUGGACAAGGGAUUGAAGAGUUUACAAAUGAAGUAAUGGUGAUUUCAAAACUACAACAUAGAAAUCUUGUGCAGCUUUUUGGUUGUUGUGUCGAGGGAGAAGAAAGGAUGUUGGUUUAUGAGUACAUGCCAAAUGGAAGCUUAGAUUCAAUUAUUUUUGAUUCAACUAAAGCAAAAGUGUUAGAUUGGAGAAAAAGAUUCAACAUUAUUGAAGGAAUUGCUCGAGGAGUUCUAUAUCUUCAUAGAGAUUCGCGACUAAAAAUCAUUCAUAGAGAUCUCAAAGCUAGUAAUAUUUUACUAGAUAGAGACUUAAAUCCCAAAAUUUCAGAUUUUGGUACUGCUAGAAUUGUUUACGGCAAUGAAGCUCAAGCUAAAACCACAAGAGUUGUGGGUACUUACGGCUAUAUGUCUCCAGAAUACGUAUUGAAUGGCCAAUUUUCAGAGAAAUCAGAUAUGUUUAGUUUUGGAGUUUUGUUGCUUGAAAUUAUUAGCGGAAGAAAAAAUACUAGCUUCUAUGAGAAUGAACACGCGUCGAGCCUUCUAGGAUUUGCAUGGAAAUUAUGGAUGGAGGACAACGUAGUUGCUUUGAUUGAUCAAACAAUGUUUGAAUUGCAUUUUCAAGCAGAGAUUUUGAGAUGCAUUCACGUGGGACUAUUGUGUGUUCAAGAAUUGGCAAAGGAAAGACCAAAUAUAACGACAAUUCUUUCGAUGCUUCACAAUGAAAUCACAGAUCUUCCGAUGCCAAAGCAACCUGGAUUUAGUAGCAGCAAAAUUGAGAUUCACACUCGGGCAUUCAAACAAAGCCAUGUUGGAACUUGCACGCCAAACAUGAUCACAGCUACCUCAUUUGAUGGUCGAUAGCAUAUUUAUGAAUUGUGGAAUUUUCACUAAGGGUUCCAGAGAAGCCAAUGCAGGAAGCAUGCAUUGGAACCUAACGGAUGCAAGAAGAUACAUUUUACUCGUGCACUUAACGUCAAAUCUCAACAUGCAGUAUGGGCAACCUGACGAGCAGUGACUUAGCAGAUCCGGAUGGCAAGCGGCUACAACAAGACAUGAAAUUGAAUGCUAUCAUAUCACAAGUUGCUAAGUCCAACACCUAUAAAAGAAGAUGCUACUCACCUGAAAAGUAGUUAGUUAGAGAGUUGUAAAGUUAGAAACUUAGGAGUAGGUAGUAGUAUCUCUAUAGAAAGUUAGUUCCUCAGCCACUUGCAAGAAUAAGAGGAGUUCGACCACCAUUUCCACUACCGAUACAAAGGUUUUGCUGGAGUUAGAGGUCGAGAGAGAUGACCUUCAACAUGCCUUCACCCCAAUCACAACAGCAAGCACCUAAAAUCAAGCCAAAUAGAGCAAGAGAUUGAUCCCGACGACUUGAGACGCUUUUCUUUCCCCUACUUAGCAUUUUCUUCCAUUAAUUGUCUUGAUUGA